CUUUUGGUAACAGCGUGGUCAGUUUGCAGUUGAGCCGAGAAGGGCUGGAGUGUGUGUGACUGUGUGUGUGUGUGUGACUGUGUGUGUUAGUAAGACUUGUUUUUAUAAGACUGUGGUGUGGUUUCCAAGUUUUUAGGGCAUGUAAUGUGUUCUUGGUGUUUGCAAAGUGUGUGUCUGUGUGAGUGUGUGAGUGUGUGAGUGUGUGUGUGUUUGUGUGUGUGAGUGUGUCAGUGUGAGUGUGUGGCUGUAAGAAAAAGGCACCACAACAGGUGGUUUGUGUGUGUUUUUGUGUGUAAACACUGAGGAUGUCGAAUUCCACCAGUAACUUCUACGCCCUAUCGCAGUCCUUCAGCAUCUCUGAUAUUAUUGUCAUAGCAACCUACUUUCUUCUCAACCUCGCAGUCGGCAUCUGGUCGUCAUGCAGGGUGAGCAGGAAUACUCUGAGUGGAUACUUCUUGGCCGGACGGGACAUGGCCUGGUGGCCGAUCGGAGCGUCUCUGUUCGCCAGCUCCGAGGGCUCAGGUCUGUUCAUCGGUCUUGCUGGCACUGGAGCUGCCGGAGGCAUCGCUGUGACUGGCUUUGAAUGGAAUGCCACCUACGUGCUGUUGGCUCUGGCCUGGGUUUUUGUGCCUGUCUACAUCUCCUCAGGGAUUGUGACGAUGCCCGAGUAUCUGGGUCGCCGUUUUGGAGGAGAGAGGAUCAGGACCUACCUGGCUGUCCUGUCGCUGCUGCUCUCCAUCUUCACUAAGAUAUCAACCGACCUGUACUCCGGAGCCCUGUUUGUGCAGGUGUGUCUGGGCUGGAACCUCUAUCUGUCCACUGUCCUCAUGCUGGUGGUCACCGCCCUCUACACGAUUGCGGGUGGUCUGGCCGCCGUCAUCUACACUGACACGCUUCAGACAUUCAUCAUGAUUAUAGGAGCGAUCAUCCUGACAAUCACUGCCUUCAACAAGAUCGGCGGGUACGGCAACCUGGAGCACGUGUACAGAAUGGCGGUGCCCAGCAAGAUCAUCCCCAACAGCACCUGCCACCUGCCGCGCGAGGACGCCAUGCACCUGUUCAGGAACGCCGUCACCGGAGACCUGCCCUGGCCCGGCAUGACGCUGGGCCUCACCAUACUGGCGACCUGGUACUGGUGCACCGACCAGGUUAUCGUACAGCGGUCCCUGUCCGCCAAGAACAUCAGCCACGUGAAAGGGGCGUCGAUCCUGGCUGCCUAUCUGAAAAUGCUGCCCUUCAUCUUCAUCAUCCUCCCUGGCAUGAUCAGCCGUGCUCUCUAUCCAGACACUGUGGGAUGUGUGGAUCCUGAAGAGUGUGUGCGAGUGUGCGGAGCCGAGGUGGGAUGCUCCAACAUCGCCUUUCCCAAACUGGUCAUUGAACUCAUGCCAAGUGGAUUGCGGGGGCUCAUGAUCGCAGUGAUGAUGGCCGCUCUGAUGUCGUCGCUCACCUCUAUCUUCAACAGCAGCUCCACACUCUUCACCAUGGACAUCUGGAAGAAACAUCGCCCCCGGGCCUCAGAGAAGGAGCUCCUGUUGGUCGGCAGGAUUGUGACUGUGAUCUUGGUGGUGGUGAGUGUGGUGUGGAUCCCCAUCCUACAGUCCGCCAACAGUGGCCAACUAUACGUUUACAUCCAGUCCGUGACGAGCUACCUUGCUCCCCCUGUCACCGCAGUAUUCACUCUGGCUAUCUUCUGGAAGAGGACCAAUGAGCAGGGUGCAUUCUGGGGCCUGAUGGUGGGCUUGGUGGUGGGUGUGUGCAGGAUGGUGCUGGAGUUCGCUUUCCCUCCUCCUAGAUGUGGCGUCGUAGAUUCUGCGCCUGCAGUGCUGCGCGAUGUCCACUACCUCCACUUCGCCAUCCUGCUCUGCGGGCUCACCGCUAUCGUGGUUACUAUAGUAACCCUGCUCACGCCGCCGCCCAGCCCAGAACAGGUGCAUAACCUGACCUGGUGGACAAUAACCGAGGAGCCACCACGAGAAAUUCCUCUUCAGAAAGUGUCCUCCGUCAGCCACCGUACCUCCCAGGGCUCAGAGCCAACUCUGCGGUCGGCAUGUGGUCGGGGUGUGGGACUGUGCAUCUCAACAGUGCGGUGUUCAGAGGAGGCGCCUGCUCCCAGAGUUCCCACUCUGAGAGAGAGCGUGUUCUGGUCGAGGUUCUGCUGUGCUAAUGCGCUCCUGCUGAUCAGCAUUAACAUUUUUCUCUAUGCUUACUUUGCCUGAUUUAGAGAAUCACAUUUAACACCCAUGCCAAAAGUCUGCCUUUGCUAAAAAAGCAACUGAUUUCUCCAGAUCCAAGUGGGCGGGGAAACAGAUUUUACCCAAAUACUUAAGAUAAUUCAUAUUUUGUAUUUUACAAAGUGAAGCCUGUAGUUGUAGUUCCAGGUACUGCAAAACAUUCAUAUUUCAAAGUAGAAAAUACUCUGAUCCCGUCAACCAAGGCUGCACAAACCCCUACAUUUACUAUUUUCAUCAUAGCAAACUUUGAGAUUUUAUCUACAUGUGGAUCCACAUUUGCAUCAAAUUACACAUAAUGACUGACAAUAAUCUAUUACACAUUCAAGGAAGUGAAAAUUGUCACUGCAUGCAACCCAAAAUGUCUCACAAUGGUUUUUUCUUAAAAUUGUGAGCAGCUCAGGCUCAGUGUUCAGUGAUGUCUGAUACAAAUCACUUUAACUACUGUGUUUUUACCGAUGUUAUGUUUUAAUAUACUAUUACCCACUAUAGCACAUUGGUUUGUUCAUAAAACCUUUCACACUUGUCUUAACCCACACAUGACUGUGAAGCUUGUGGCUUGUAACAAGCUAACAUAAAUGUGCGGUUAGUGCUCAACGCACAUCUUGUACUUAAAUCUUUAAAAAAUGAAUAGCAAGAUCAUACAGUUGGAAUACAUCUAUGUGGUUUAGGUUAAAUGUGACUCUAAUAAUACCAUUUCCUUUUGAAUUGAUAUGCUUAUUGGUAAUUAUGUUUAUGUCGAUGAACUUAUGUCUGUCCCAUAAUGUUUUGUGAACCUUUAGUUAUUGUUCAAGUGUUCUUUCAUGCUAUUAAGCCUUUUUUAAUUAAUAUAAAUCAGAAUUUCUCAACCGUUUCUGGUCCCCAAAUAAUCGUGACUCGUGUCUAUUAGCGUUUUCAAUUUGCCAAGUGAAUUUAAAUGUUGUCUAAUCUGCACUUUGUACUUCAGAUGUGUCCAAAUUCUAUUAAAAAGAUAGUUUUACAUUUA